CAGGUUUAGGGCGGGGGGCGGGCUCAGGGCGGGCUCAGGCUCUGGAGCGGGCCCAUGGCGGAGGCGGCGCAGGGCCGGGUGCAGGCCGCGGUGGAGAGCGCGGUGCAGGGGCUGGAGCGGGAGCAGAUCCGCGGCAUGCAGGGCGCCAUGUUCCGCUGCAGCGCGCGGUGCUGCGAGGACGCAGCGGCCUCCAUGCAGGAGGUGCAGCGCUGCAUCGAGCGCUGCCACGCGCCCCUGGCCCGCGCCCAGGCCAUCGUCACCGCCGAGCUCGAGCACUUCCAGGUGAACGGGGCCCCGGCACCCCCGGGGACGGCACCGGGACCCUGGGCAGGAUGGGAGCCCCCAGUCCCUGCACCCCCCAGUGCAUUCCCUGUGCCCCCUACAGCCCUUGUGAUCUCCAUCCCGGGGGCUCUGGGGGUGAUGGGGUCACUAGGGGGGCUCUGGGGAUGGUGA